UAUUAACUAAUAUUAAAUCGGUGUACGGAAGUUUUAGACCAGCAACAGUUUGAUAGACUAUAACAUUUAAAAAUCUUUUAAUGGAUAGACACAAGGAAAGUUUAAAAUUUAAUAUCAUAAACAGUAAUGAAAGAGAGUUGACAAAACUGUUAAACAGUGGUUUUAAUCCUAAUUUUCAAGGUGGUUGGCCCAUAAGGCUAGCAGCUCGACACGGAUUACACUCUAUUGUAAAACUAUUAAUGCAAUAUGGAGCUAAUCCACAUUUAUUAAGUGAAGCUGGAGCAUCAACAUUGCAACUUGCAGUGUUCGCCGCUUUAGACUGGGAGACUGAUGACUGGACAUUUCUAUUAUCGUGCUGCGAUUCGUCUCAGUUAGCUGAUGGGGCGGCGGUUGCAAUAAUUUUCAAUAAUGUAGCAGCUCUGAAAAAAAUUAUGCAAACAGGACGCUGUAACCCUAAUAUUCCAACAAGUUUAACAGGUAAAACAGUGGACGACUUAGCAAGGGGAUACAAACUGCAAUAUCUAUUAAAUGUUCCUGUGAUCCAAACUAAUCUUCAAGUUACGCCGAAUACAUCUCCACGUGUAGCAAGAAUGGGUGAUAGGAGCACACAAGUUCCACAACCAGCGCACAGAAAUCUGUCUCCGUCAGUGGCCCAUUUCUUCGAUCUCACAGCUGGUCAACCAUCCUUAACUCCACCUCGCAGCCCAACCGCACGAUCGCCGUUUUCUCCCUCAACCCAACUUAACUUUUAGAUUGUACCUAUACCUACUCUAUCUAAUUAUUUUUAUCAUUAUAUGGUUUGAUAAGACGCUAUACAGGUGAUAUUAUGUAGUUACCAAAAAUAAUAUUAUUGAACUAAAAUAAAUAAAACGACAUACUUAGUGGACAUUACGAAAAAUAUUUAAUAGUUAAUUUAAUUUACGACUUACAAUAAAUAUUGUAAUGAUGGUUGUGACGAUACAAAGCAAGAAUUAUUAUUUUAAUCCAUGUACCAAUUUUAUACCUACAUUCCAACAAAUUAAUAAUUGUUUUACUAAUCCACCUAGUUAAAGACAAAUUGAAAUGAUUGAUUAAAUAAAUAGUUUUUAAAAAUAAA